CCAUGGGCAAGGUGAAGGGGAAGCAGCGGCAGGACAAGUACUACCACCUCGCCAAGGAGCAGGGCUACCGGAGCCGCGCGGCCUUCAAGCUGCAGCAGCUCGACGCGCGCUUCCAGUUCCUCCCCACCGCGCGCGCCGUGCUCGACCUCUGCGCCGCGCCGGGGGGAUGGCUGCAGGUCGCCGUCACCCGGGCCCGCGCCGGCGCCUUCGUCGUCGGCGUCGACCUUGUGCCCAUCCGCCCCGUCCACGGCGCGCACGCCCUCACGGAGGACAUCACCACCACCAGGUGCCGCUCCGCCGUGCGCAGGCUCAUGGACUCCAAGGGGGUCGCCGCCUUCGACCUCGUCCUCCACGACGGUUCGCCCAACGUCGGCGGCGCGUGGGCGCAGGAGGCCACCGCGCAGUCCGCGCUCGUCAUCGACGCCGUCCGCCUCGCCACAGCCUUCCUCGCCCCCGGGGGCGCCUUCGUCACCAAGGUCUUCAGGUCCCAGGAUUUCAACGCCAUCCUCUUCUGUCUCCGCCAGCUCUUCGGCAAGGUCGAGGUGCACAAGCCUGCAGCCAGCCGCGGCUCGUCCGCUGAAAUCUACAUCGUCUGCCUGAAAUACAAAGCCCCCGCGAGGAUUCACCCGGAGCUUCUCGACAUCAAGCACCUGUUCAGUGUGGAUUCCGACAAGGCAUUGCCUAUCAUCGAUGUGCUUAGCUCUAACAAGUCCAAGAAAAGACCUUCUGCUGGGUAUGAACCUGGAGUCACGGUGCUGAGGAACGUUGGUCUCGCGUCAGAUUUCAUAUGGUCGGAUGCCCAGACACCGCAGGAAUUUCUUGGCUCUUGUACUGAGAUUUCAUUCGAUGAUCCUGCAUCUCUGCCUAUCAAGGAUCACGAGCUUACCACGGAUGAGGUGAGAUUCCUCUGCGAGGAUUUACGGGUGCUGGAUAAAAAUAGCUGCAAGCAUAUCUUGAAGUGGCGCGUACGCCUAAGGAAAUCACUCUCCUCGUCAUCUUCACAAGUUACACUUGCGCCAAAGGCUGAUGGUACUGCGACCGACGCCAAGGCAAAAGGCGAUGGUCAACUCUUACAGGACAUGGAGGAAUUGGUUGGUGCCAUUGACAGAAAGCAAACGGGAGAGAAGAAGCGGCAAUCAAGACGUCGUGCCAAGGAUAAAGCACGCAAGGCCACGGGAGUGCAAAUUGAUGAUGCUACAGAGGAUGACGAUGCUCAGCUGGACAAGAUGCUCGAUGAAGCUUACGAGCGUUAUGUGACAAAAAAGGGUGGAGAGAUAAAACAAGAACGCAAACGUGCCAAGCGGACCAAUCCUGAUGCUGAUGCUGAUUUAUCGGAGGGGCGUGAAGAUGAUGGUCACAGCAUCACUGAUCAAGGUUCUCAUGAAGAUCAGGAUCAAGAGACCAGUGGCGGAGCCACGGCCCGGCAUGCCCGGGCAGCUGCCCGGGCUAAGCUGCUCAAUUCCCUUGAAUUGCUAUCGGAAAAUACAGAGAAGCCAAGAAAGGAGCAGAUUGCAAUUCGAAAAAAGAUGGAUUCAGGUAGACACCGGCGAAAGCUUAGGGCUUGAGUCCUGCAUUAAGUCGACUUAGUUUAACAAGCAAGGUAGCAUGCCCUAAUACGAGACUGGAUAAUCCUCUUCUGCCGUGGCGCUGUUGUUACCAGAGUGGUAGUGGUAUGGAUGGAUUUACGUUUCUGCUGGUUAGUAGCUUGAUGAAUCUAGUGAGUUGGGGACUUAACGCAAGCCCUGUUCGUCUGUGCACUUUCCGUUGCCAUGGUAAUAAUAUGUCAAGACUAUGUGAUCCACCUCUGCCUGUCUCUGGCUAUUAUUAUGCUGCUGCAUCUAA